AACAUUGUUGUCCAAUAUAAACUCACGUGGAUAGAGCCCAGGUGGAGAUUACAAGGUAUUGAGUCGUUGCGGCGAGCACAUCGAUGCCAACUGCUUUGCAUACAUAGAUCGAGACUUUUCCAUCGACGCAAGGACUUGGGUAUUUUAAAGGGAGCGCAAGAGGAAUUACAGCGUUGGAAAUAAAUUUGUGACGUUGUUAGAAGUGAAAUCGCCUCAGUCAUGGAACGAUGGUUGGCUGAAUCUCGAUUUUGGAUGGCCGGUAACAAUCGCACAUUCGUCGUCAGCAAUUCACGGUCGCGAGCUCCAUCGUCGCACUUUAUGGAGCGCUACGAGAAAAUUUGCCGGAUGGGCGAAGGCUCCUACGGUGUCGUCUACAAGUGCCGGAAUCGCGAAACGGGCCAAAUUGUGGCUAUCAAGAAAUUUGUCGAAUCGGAAGAAGAUCCGCUCAUCAAGAAAAUCGCCCUCAGAGAAAUCCGCAUGCUCAAGCAAUUGAAGCAUCCCAAUCUGGUCAAUUUGAUCGAAGUGUUCCGGCGCAAGAAGAAAUUGCAUCUCGUCUUUGAAUAUUGUGAUUUGACGGUACUAAACGAACUGGAAAAACAUCCGAGAGGAGUGCCGGAAGUGUUGACGAAGCGGAUCAUCUGGCAGACAUUGCAAGCCGUCGGCUAUUGCCACGCCCACAACUGCAUUCACCGAGACGUCAAACCGGAAAACAUCCUUCUCACUAAGGAAGGCGUGGUGAAGCUCUGCGAUUUCGGCUUUGCCAGACUUCUCAAUCCAGGAGAGAAUUACACCGAUUACGUGGCCACACGAUGGUAUAGAGCACCGGAAUUAUUGGUCGGAGACACCCAAUACGGUCCCGGUGUAGAUGUUUGGGCUAUCGGUUGCGUCUUUGCCGAAUUGGUUCGAGGCGAAGCCUUAUGGCCGGGCAAAUCGGAUGUCGACCAACUCUUUCUCAUCCGGAAGACUUUAGGUGACCUGAUUCCUCGACACAUGAAAGUCUUUAAAAACAAUGAAUUCUUCGCCGGAUUGUCGAUUCCGGAGCCAGACGUCAGAGAAUCGAUCGAAUCCAAAAUGCCCCGUGAUUUCUCCAUCGACGGAAUGGAUUUUCUAAAGAAAUGUCUGGAUCGAGAUCCGUCGAAGCGCUACACCUGCGAUCAGCUGCUCCGUCAUCCUUACUUUGCCAACUUCAAUUUCCGACUGCCAGAAUCUGAAUUGGAAGAAUAUGAACGACUCAGGAGAUUGAGAUCCCGUUCACGGAAUUUUCAGUAUGCGGGUAAUCAUAUGCUGCCACAGUUGCCUGGACACGGCGUCGCGAGCAGCCUGAACUACGUCGGCGGAGGAGGAGGGUACAGCACGAGCAACACGAGCACAAGCUCCAACAAUUUCGUCGGUAAUAGUCCACCAUCUAUGCAAAUCAGCCAAGCACCGAGAAUGGUCCGCCGUUAUGACCAUUUGCCAUCCAUUUGAGGAGCCGGUCAAGGGGUGCGGCAACAUCAUCCGGUUGCGGCGCAACACAGCGGCAGCAGACGGGCAGCAGCGCAUCCGACGGAGAGUAGCAGCAACACGAGCGAUAGUAUCAUCCUUGCUGGACAUCAUAAUCGUGGCAAGACGAAGAAUAAAGCCGAGCAGCAUCAUUAUCACAAAAGUACUACGACUAAUACGAUUCGUACGCCGUUUGCGUCCAGCACCAGCUAUGCGGUGGCACAUCAUCAUCAGCUAACGGUCCCAAUAAAAGCGAAGGCACCGAGGCGUUUAUUGGCUGCCGCAGCAUUGCCAUCCGCAGCAACGCCGUUAUGGGCACAAAUAAGAUGAACGAGUCGUUUUCUAUAGUAUGAGACCAGAGUUAUCGCACGAUAAUGGACAGCAGUUGGAUGCAUUCUUAUGUCUUUAAGUUUUUAUCGAUGUAAAAGGCAAUAUGGGAAGUAUUAUAUAGAAUGUGCGUUAUUUUAAAAUUCCUUUUCUUUUCUUUUUUCUCAGCUGCUCCCCUAUAAGAAAAAGACCCUUUUUGGCUGGACAUGAUCAUUUAUUUUUCGUUUCUUUUUUUGAUUGAAUAGAUGGGGGAGAGGAAAAAAAAAAUGAAGUAGAUGGGGAAAAAUUGAUAUGGAAAUUGACAGCUGCAGUAUCGGAGCUGCUGGUUGAUGUGCGUGCUGCUCGUGAUUGGCUUUGACGUUGCGUGUGGUGAUCAUUGUAUGUGUUUCCCUGAACCCUGGCGGCCCUUUUUCUUCUACUCCCCUCAUUUUCGUUAUGUCUAUAAAAAAACCGUGUGUUUGCUGUCUAUACGAUCGCUCUUUUGUUUCUUUCGCUAUACACAUCAACAUUAAACAGGCAUUUAACUUUCUUCAUUAUACAAACUGAACGCCCCACCUGGUAUAUCCACGAUAUACAGAUUGUGUGCAUGAUCGGAAUCCUAAUGUCUCGCUUUAGAUGUUUUCUUUUUUUUUAUUUAUUUAUUUCACCCUCGAGUUCUUGUUUCAUAUUGUCUUUUCAUCUUUCAGCCCCCUACAAAAAUUUAGAACUAUCUUUAAAUGCAACUCCGUGUUGGGCCUUGUGUGCCACGACAAUAACUUAAACUGUAUAUACUUUUAGGCUAUACAUGUUCAGACGGCA